AUGCCUCUCAAUCCUCUGUUCCGACACGACCCUUUCAGCACACAAGAACGCUCGCCGUCACCACCGCGACGCUUCGUGGAACCACUGUCGCCAGUCAGGCCAAAGCCGAUCGAGCCCAACUUCAACUACCCGGCCCUCAACAACCAUGUCGACUUCACCGUGCGACCAGAGCAGGCGUACACUGCCACGCCGAAAGCGCGAGAACGUAGCAGUAGCUACAAGCACACACAUCACCACACGCCAUCCACGAUAGACACACUGGCCGAGGCCGCGCUGGCCGUCAGCCCUGGCUACCAACAGCAAUCAACGCCAGCACGCCAUGGCCAUCCUACCACAUACCCCAUGCCGUCUACAUUGGGGCGGAGCGAGCCUCCUCAUAAGCGGACGAGGUCUGAGAUCUUCCCCACUCCGGUGAUGGCUCCAUAUGCCUCGCGACCAGCUACAAGCUACGAGCACAACAGCGCAUGGCACGGGCAUGGACAGCAACAGCAUGCUGGCAACAUAAACGACAGUCGCGCUGAAGAGGCUGCUCUAUUGCUUGGUCUACGACAAGAUGUUCGCACAAGCAGCUUCACACCGCGCAGCACCCACCUACCUCCUCCAUCGACGCCAGGAAGGAGCUCAGGAAGCGUUGCACGACCACAUGCCAACAGCUUUCCACAGCGCGCUCCAUAUCCGCGACCCAGCGAGUACCAAUCCCAUACACCUCUUCUGCCACCGUUCCAACCUUACCAGAAUGGCUACGCUCGACCGUAUCAUCCCUCACCGCAGCAGACCAAUCCUGAGGUCCAGCCCAGUCCAAUGGCACCGAUGCGCGACGCGCAGUAUCGGGGCCAGUAUUCGCCCGUUGGACAGUACAAGUCGCCCGUUCACGCUGACGUGAAUAUGGUUGAUGCUCCACAACAAUCACGGACUCAUACGCAUAAAGUGCGACCGCGCGCUGAGAGUACCGAUGUCGUGAUUGGCGAGGCAUCCGGCCCAGCUGCGACCACCAAGCGAGCGCAAAAGGGCAAAGCGCGCUCUGCUUCAUCACGAAAGCCAGCUGGGGAGCGUAAGACUGCCGCGAAGCGAGCAGCGAAUCGAAAGAAGACUCCUGAUGUAUCGAAGACAAGCAGGAGUACCAGCGAAGCCGUGACCGAUGAUUGGAGUACCGCGGGUGAUGACGAGUUGAACAGACGAAAGAGCUUCAGCGGCAGGACCACGGAGCGGCCUCAUCUCAGCACAGUCUCGGAAGGUAGAGCCAAGUCUGUGCCAGCGGAAACACCGAUGAUUGUGCGCCCGGCAUCGCCUACGAAGAGAACACGCCCGAAGCCCAAGAUCAACCCGGAAACUAUCUGCGCAGGAUGCCACACGACUCGCGAAACAGCCUACGCCAAUGCCGAGCUGGACGCCUGGAUCUCGUGCAAUGGCUGUAAGCAGUGGUUUCACGUUGACUGCGCUGGGUAUAAGAAGGCCACUGAAGUUCGUGACGUUGACAAGUACUUCUGCAGUCCGUGCGAGCCUACGCAUGGCAAGACUACGUACGUGCGAAAAAGCACGCGCGCCCACACUUCGGUCGACUACGCAGAGCUACAGCGCGGUGUGUUGAAGACGAGCGAGGAGAGCCAGGAGCAUCACUACAUCCAGCCCAUCAAGGAUGGAACUUUUCAAUUUGAUCCGGAGAGCUUCCCUCGCAUGCGUCCUGAGCUGGUCACCCGGGAAUUCUUCGAGAGGAGCGGGACCUUUGUGGAACCGAUCUGUAUUCCUGCAGCGUGGAAUCCCAGGCCUUGGCUCAACAAGAAGUCAAAGACCAACGAAGCGGGUGACACAACGACCAACGAUGACGAUGAUAUGAACGACCUUACGCCUGAUGAAUAUGAGUACGAUACAGUCCCGGACGAUGGACAGGAUAGGCUGGGCAUGGUUAUGCCAGAAGAAUUGACAGUGCGGCAGGUCUGCAAUCUGGUGGGACCAGAAAUACCACUGGAUGUGAUUGAUGUGAAGACUCAGAAUUCUGGUGCCAAGUGGAAUCUCGGCAGGUGGGCUGACUAUUACGAGGAGGAGAGCGAUGACAAACCGAUCCGGAAUGUCAUCUCGUUGGAAGUAUCUCAGAGCAAGCUUGGACGCUUGUUGAAGCGACCACAGGUGGUGCGCGACAUUGAUCUCCAGGAUGAGGUCUGGCCACAGAAGGAACUUGACCAAGGCAAGUGGCCAAAGGUGCAAUUCUAUUGCUUGAUGUCGGUUGCCGACAGCUAUACGGACUUUCACAUCGACUUUGGUGGCAGCAGUGUCUACUACCACAUCUUGAAGGGCAAGAAGACGUUCUUCUUCAUACCACCAAAGGCGAAGCACUUGAAGGCAUACGAGGAGUGGAACGACAGUCACCAGCAGAACUACACAUUCUUGCCGCACAUCACAAAGGAGUGUUACCGAGUCGACUUGAGCGAAGGCGACACUAUGCUCAUCCCAUCAGGAUGGAUCCACGCCGUUUGGACACCAGAGACCAGUCUUGUCAUCGGAGGCAACUUCUUGUCUCGGAUGUCCUUCAAGAAUCAGUUCAAGGUCGUCGAGAUUGAGAAAGCCAACGAGACGCCAAUGAAGUUCCGUUAUCCAUUCUUCCAGAAGCUUAUGUGGUAUACAGCCAUCGACUACAUGCAGAAAGAUCCGCUACCCGACGCCGUCUCGCAGAUGUUCUACGACGGAAAGAGGUUCGAGCGACAGAGACCUGUGUGGGCUGACUUCGAUGGCGACAUGGCCAGUGAAGAUCCGCGCCCAGGCGCAAAGAACGCUCGGUACUACAGUGAGGCCGAGAUAGAAGGCUUGCCGGAUCUUGUCAACUUCAUCUUCCGGACUGUCAUGCUGGUCCAGGGACGCGUCGAAGGCAUAACGCAAGAUCGCAUGAAGCGCGUCAAUGCUUCCAUCCCAAAAGGGCAUGGUGAGCCGCUCGAGGUUGCCAAGAAGUUCGCACUGUGGGUCGCGUGGAAGCGUGGAAACGAGGACCCUCCUGCGUGGGCACAUCCUGAUGCUGUACUCCCAAACAGCAAGGAAGAAGGCCCCCCGAAGAAGCUCUCCGCGCGAGCACUCAAGGACAUGGAGCGCAAAGAAGCCAUCGCUGCAUGGCGAGUUGCACCAGAUCGGCAAAGUGCUCGAAUUAAAUCCGGAGCUGCGGCAGAAUCCAGAGCGGAUGGUCCCGCAGCUAACUUCGCGCCAACGAGCACCACCAAAGUGGCAACUCCUGAUCGCACUUCGAGUCUGGUGCAUCAUCAAAUCACUCCACCACACUCAUCAGAACAUCCCUAUGCGCAUCAUCAAAUGCUCGCCCACGCGCCCGCAGCCCAGCCGCCGAUGGCACACGCGAUGAACGGAUGGCCGUCGACGUACAUCAGCACGCCAAAAACUUCAGUGCUCGGACCCAAGCGCGUUGCUUGCGACGCUUGCCGAAAGCGGCGCAUCAAAUGCAAGCACAAGGAACUCGUGCAGCAGGCAUCGCCCGAUGGCACGAAUGGCGUGCACAUGUCGCCUGGCGCGUAUGGCAUAUCGCCUCAGCUUCACGACAGCAUCACAGUAACGCCGCCAAAGCCACAAACACAAGCGAAACACUUCACUAACCACGCUGAAAACGCGCAGGGCAUCAAUGGAACCCCGAAUGGUGCACAUGCGAACGGCGGGCCACUUCCUGGGACCGACGCGUACAUCCAUGCUAACAUCCCGAUGACCAUGAAUGGCGUGCAGAUGUUUGGCGAUCAAAACAAGCGCGGACGUAGCAAAGCAUGUGUCGAGUGCAGGAAGUCAAAGCGACGAUGCAUACAUGAUGAGAGCGGUAAUGUCGAUCCCAUCAAAGCCGCGGAGACACCUGUACCUCGAGGCUCCGUCGCAUCCAAGAAGAGGACUGCCGAGGAAGGGGACGAAGGUACUCCAUCUCAGCCGAAUAAGAAACUGAAGACCAUUUCACCAGUGCGCUCGUCCAACUCGCAACCGCCUUCGACUGCUACACAGCAUCCGCCUACUGCUAAUGGAAGCUUGCACAAGUUGCCACCCGCAGGUGAGGUCCAUCACCAGACCACUGCCGGGCCAUCAGGAUACCACCAACACUCGCCUGCAAUCAAUGGCUACCAUCAGCCUUCGACCGCUCCGAGCGGUUAUCAUCCCGAUCAUCACCAAUCACCAGCUCCGAAUGGCUAUCAUCAAGCAUCUUCUCCACCACAGAACUCCCACGUGCCCUCGACGAGCAGUAGGGAACAGAAUACACCACAAGCGCCACAGGAGGCUCAGCAGAGCCAUGCACCUAUUGAUCCGAGCCUCUUCGCUUACUCAGAAGAGACGAACCAUUCGGCUUACCCCGAUCCAUCAUCGCACUCCGCAUACCAGCCUACCACUUAUCCGUAUCCGGCCACAGAACGACCUCGAUUGUACCAACUGCCGUCUCUGGAACAGAUUGCUAGCGACGUCCUCAACUUCGAAGACGGUCCAGAGCAGGACUAUCAGGCUCAGCAACAUCACGAUGCUGAGCCCCACGUCCAUGUGUACAACCCGUCUGAUCUUGGUGCUAUGCCCAAUGGUCUGCCAACUUCUGACUCGGCCAAGCCAGACGAGAGCGCGGACUCAGCGAUAUCACUACCGGGAUCAGAGCUCUCCGACCACGACGCAAAGCAGGCAGAUCCCUCCGAGCCGUCAUUGGAACAGAUUGCGCCAGAAGCGGACGCCAAACCGAUCGCAGUGCACCAUGGCUCUCCAAUCGCCCAGCCCUCUUCGCAAGCGAACGCAACCAUCUCAACCAGCAUUGAACAAGCUUCUCCCGCGGCGCGGAAGAACAGCGUCGGUGCGGUGCCACUGUAUCAGCCCCCAGCUCCACCCUCUCAGUCACCUGAGCAGGUGAAGCGCAUGCCUCACUUGGUGAAUGGUGGCAUGAAUAGCUCCCCGAAGAGCGCCAUGUCAAACAAGCGCAAGCGCAACUCGACUUCACACACUCCAGGUCCGAAGCGAGUCAAAGCCGGCAGCGACGAGCCAGUCGGCGAGAGGACCGCCGCGGAACUGUCAAGCCUCGAGCUUGCAAAGGUCCUACAGCAGGAGGAUAUCGGGCUGCGACAAAGGGUGAACUAG